AUGCAUAUUUCUUUCGCUUCCAUCUUAACUGUCGCUGCUCUCGUCGGUCUUGCCUCUGCAAAAAAGCAUGAUGACCAUGGACAUAAGGAACAUAAACCCAAAGUUCCUAAAGGUAAAGCUUUUGAUCAUAUUCUUCAAAUUUGGUUCGAGAACACGAACUUCAAUGAUGCCAAUUCUACUCCCGGCUUUAGCAAGCUUCUUAAGAAAGGUAUUCUUUUGGAUAACUUCAAUGCUGUUACCCAUCCUUCUGAGCCCAAUUAUGUUGCUGCUGGCGGUGGAUCUAAUUUCGGUAUUGAUGAUGAUGACUACUAUAAUAUCCCCGCCCACGUUCCUUCCAUCUUUGACCUCAUUGAGAACAAAGGGUUGACCUGGAAGUGUUAUCAAGAAGAUAUCCCUUCUGUUGGUUAUACCGGCGACAAGGCUGGUGAUUAUGUUCGCAAGCAUAAUCCCGCUGUCAGUUUCGAUGCUGUCGGAUUAAACGCCACCCGUUUGAAGAACAUUGUUGGACAUGAUCAAUUUGUCAAGGAUAUUCAUAAUGAUAAGCUUCCCAAUUGGAUGUUCUACACUCCCAAUAUGAAGAACGAUGCUCAUGAUACGAAUAUUUCCUAUGCUGGCAAUUGGCUUGAUAACUUCUACAAGAAGACCUUGGACCAUCCUAAUCUUCUCAAGAAGACUCUUGUCAUGAUCACAUUCGAUGAAAAUGCUAGUUUCCCCCAGAGAAACAGAGUUUGGACUCUUCUCUUUGGUGAUAUCCCCAAGAAGUUGAGGGGUACUAUUGAUCACACCUUCUACACUCAUUUCUCCACUCUCAGUACUGUUGAGCAUAACUGGGAUCUCGGAAACUUAGGUCAACAAGACGUUAACAAGACUGUUUCCAACGUCUUUAAACAUACUGCCAAGGCUCUUAAGUACAAGAAUAUUCAUAUUGCGGAUAAAGAUGUUCCUUGGAGCAACAACACCAUCACUGGCUUGAUGACCGGAAAGUCUUACAACGAUACACAAAAAGCUAUCUAA